AUGAACUUUUUCGGUCCUAACGUUUGGUGCGGAAAACAGAUCGUUUUCCCUAAUGAUCCAAAUGUUGUCUGGGCGACAUUUUCAUGCAAACGAGAAGAUGAUCUGAAAGACAAGCACGCCGUGAAAAUCUACAUGCAGGCUCCUUGGAUUGAUGCUGAGUUUACGAGUGCAGCUGCCAGAAAAGCACAAACUGACACCAACCGUUCAAUAUUUAUGGCCUCUGAGAUCAAUGCUCUGCGCAAAUUUGCAGAAAAUAGAGCAAACAAUGCUCCACAUUUGGUUGCAGAACUGCAUACGAAACAGAGUGACGAUGGUAUUAUACCUACCGGCUUCAUUUCUUACAUUCUAACAACCUGGUGCCCUGGAGUCCCGCUUGGUGAUGCGUUCGAAGAAGCACUUGGAGAUACCAAACGGUGUGGAAUAGUAAGUUAUGGCCCCAAACCAGACGAUCUCCUAUGGGAUGCUGCAAACAAAAAAUGUUACAUGGCCAACUUCCAAUGGUCGGGACCACCACGCUCUUUCGAUAUUGCUGAACAAGCUUGGAGGCGGUGGAGAUUGCAGCCUGGCCCUCCUAACCAUAUGCUUGUCAAGGUUAUUCUGAAGGGUUUGGUGCGAGAUAACCCUAUGGGCAACGUUAGUAGCCUGUGGCAGAAAGUCGUAAACACUAGUUGUACAAAAAGCGGGGACUCGCUGCCGAGGGAGUAA